AUGGCCCCCAGUGCCGUCUCGCCAGCGCCGGAUCCCGCUGGUUCCAUCGCGUCCCUGACCACGACUUAUAACGACACUCUCCGUUUCUACCUCAAUGGCACGCGCGUUGUGCUCGACGAGAUCGACCCCGAGGUGACUCUAUUGGAGUAUCUGAGGGGGAUCGGUCUGACCGGGACCAAGCUCGGCUGUGGCGAAGGCGGGUGCGGCGCCUGCACGGUUGUCGUCAGCCAGUAUAACCCAACUACCAAGAAGAUCUACCACGCCAGUGUAAAUGCCUGUCUGGCUCCCCUCGCCAGCGUUGAUGGCAAGCACGUCAUCACGAUAGAAGGGAUCGGCAACGUCAAGAAGCCCCAUCCCGCGCAGGAGCGCGUCGCCAAGAGCAACGGUAGCCAAUGUGGCUUCUGCACCCCUGGCAUUGUCAUGAGCCUGUACGCGCUGCUCCGAAACAACGACAGCCCUGGUGAUCAUGAUAUCGAGGAGGCGUUCGAUGGUAAUCUGUGCCGCUGUACCGGCUACCGCUCGAUUCUCGAUGCAGCUCAGACAUUCAGCACCGGCAAGUCGUGUGGGAAGGCUACCACCAACGGCGGCACAGGCUGUUGUAUGGAGAAUGGCAAUGGCGCAAACGGCGCCGGCGGUUGUUGCAAGGCCAAAAGCCUUGAAGAUGGCCAGCCUAUCAAGAGAUUCACACCGCCAGGCUUCAUCGAGUACAACCCCGACACAGAACUCAUCUUCCCUCCCUCACUUAAAAAGCAUGACUUCAAGCCCUUGGCCUUUGGAAACAAAAGGAAGAGGUGGUAUCGGCCAGUGACUGUCGACCAACUGCUAGAUAUCAAGAGCGCUUAUCCGGAUGCCAAGAUCAUCGGCGGCAGCACCGAAACUCAGAUCGAAGUCAAGUUCAAGGCUCAGAAAUACCCCGUCUCGGUCUUUGUGGGAGAUAUUCCCGAGUUGAGGCAAUACUCUUUCGAGGACGACCAUCUUGUGAUUGGAGGCAAUGUCGUGCUGACAGAUCUUGAACACAUUUGCCUUGAAGCUGUCGAACACUAUGGCAAGAGGAGGGGCCAGGUCUUUUCUGCUAUCCAUAAGCAACUGAAAUACUUUGCCGGUCGACAAAUAAGAAACGUCGGCACCCCAGCUGGAAACCUUGCUACCGCGUCGCCCAUCUCUGACCUCAACCCGGUAUUCAUGGCCGCGGAUGCUGUUCUCAUCGCAAAGUCGAAAACUGACACGGUCGAUAUACCCAUGUCGGGUUUCUUCAAGGGCUACAGAAGGACGGCACUGCCGCCGGACGGUAUCAUUGCGGCCAUCCGUAUCCCCCUUACACAUUCGAAGGGGGAGAUUUUCAGGGCCUACAAACAGGCUAAGAGGAAAGACGACGACAUUGCCAUCGUGACGGGAGCUCUGAGAAUUCGCCUGGACGCUGCAGGCAUUGUCGAGGACUGCAAUCUAGUCUAUGGCGGCAUGGCUCCCAUGACAGUAGCCGCAAAAUCCGCCAAUGAAUUCCUCAAGGGGAAAAAGCUUGCUGACAAGGAAACUCUAGAGGGAACUAUGAACGCAUUGGGGAGGGAUUUUGAUCUGCAAUUUGGCGUUCCUGGUGGCAUGGCAUCGUACAGGAAGUCGCUUGCUUUGGGGUUCUUCUACAGGUUCUAUCAUGAUUGCAUGCUGGAUAUGAAGGAUGCGAGUGACGUUGACACACAAGCCGUUGAGGAGCUGGAAAGAGAGCUUGCCACCGGAACCGUCGACGAGAGAUCUACAGAGGCAUACCAGCAAGAAAUUGUGGGCAAGGCGAAUCCGCAUCUUGCUGCACUCAAACAGACCACGGGUGAAGCUCAAUACACGGACGACAUCCCCCCUCUCGCCAACGAACUUCACGGCUGUUUCGUGCUAUCCACCAAACCGCACGCCAAGAUUCUGUCGAUCGAUUAUGCCCCGGCUUUGGAUCUUCCCGGGGUGGUCGACAUUGUCGACAAGAACGACGUGCCGAGCCCAGAACUGAAUCGCUGGGGUGCACCCCAUUUUGAGGAGCUAUUCUUCGCCGAGGACAGGGUUUUCACCACGGGGCAGCCCAUUGCCAUGGUGUUGGCAACAUCCGCGCUCAAGGCUGCCGAAGGCGCGAGAGCCGUCAAGAUCGAGUACGAGGAAUUGCCAGCAGUCUUCACCAUGGAGGAAGCCAUCGAGCAGGAGAGCUUUUUCAAGUUUUUCCGGGAAAUCAAGAAGGGCGAUGUUGAAGAGGCGUUUGAGAACUGCGAUCACGUCUUCACGGGCGUGACUAGGAUGGGUGGGCAAGAGCACUUCUACCUCGAGACGAACGCGGCACUCGCAAUCCCGAAACCUGAGGAUGGUGAGAUGGAGAUCUGGUCCAGCACGCAGAACUGUAACGAAGCACAAACGUACGCUGCUCGAAUGCUGGAGGUCCAGGCCAACAAGGUCGUGGUGAAGGUCAAGCGGCUGGGAGGAGGCUUCGGAGGAAAGGAAACCAGAUCUGUGCAGCUCAGCACAAUCCUCGCCCUGGCCGCGCAAAAGACCAAGAAGCCGGUCCGCUGCAUGCUCACUCGCGAAGAAGACAUGGUAACCUCGGGUCAGCGACAUCCAUUCCUCGGCAAGUGGAAAGUGGGCGUGAACAAGGACGGCAAGAUACAAGCGCUCGACCUCGACAUCUUCAACAACGGCGGAUGGUCGUGGGACCUCUCGGCAGCGGUAUGCGAGCGCUCCAUGACGCACAGCGACGGGUGCUACCUGAUACCCAACAUCCACGUGAAGGGGCGCAUCUGCAAGACAAACACCAUGUCCAAUACCGCAUUUCGCGGGUUCGGCGGCCCUCAAGGAAUGUUCAUAGCGGAGAGCUACAUGUCCGAGGUGGCCGACCGGCUGGGCAUGCCGGUCGAGAAGUUCCGAGAGAUCAACUUUUACAAGGACGAGGAGCUCACGCACUUCAACCAGGCCCUCACCGACUGGCACGUCCCCCUGAUGUACAAGCAGGUCCUCCAGGAGUCGCGGUACGACGAGCGGCGCGAGGCCAUCGCCAAGUUCAACGACGAGCACAAGUGGCGCAAGCGCGGCCUCGCCAUCGUCCCCACCAAGUUUGGCAUCUCCUUCACGGCGCUCUGGUUCAACCAGGCGGGCGCGCUCGUCCACAUCUACCACGACGGCUCCGUCCUCGUCGCGCACGGCGGCACCGAGAUGGGCCAGGGCCUGCACACCAAGAUGACCAUGAUCGCGGCCCAGGCCCUCGGCGUGCCCCUCAACAGCGUCUUCAUCUCGGAGACGGCGACCAACACCGUCGCCAACGCCUCGGCCACGGCGGCCUCGGCCUCGUCCGACCUCAACGGCUACGCCAUCCACAACGCCUGCACCCAGCUCAACGAGCGGCUCGCCCCCUACCGGGAGAAGCUCGGCCCCGCCGCGCCCAUGAAGGAGCUCGCCGAGGCGGCCUACUUUGACCGCGUCAACCUCUCGGCCCAGGGCUUCUACAAGACGCCCGACAUCGGGUACACCUGGGGCGAGAACAAGGGCCAGAUGUUCUUCUACUUCACUCAGGGCGUCACCGCCGCCGAGGUCGAGAUCGACACGCUGACGGGCACCUGGACCUGCCUGCGCGCCGACGUCAAGAUGGACGUCGGCCGCAGCAUCAACCCCUCGAUCGACUACGGCCAGAUCCAGGGCGCCUUCGUCCAGGGCAUGGGCCUCUUCACCAUGGAGGAGAGCCUGUGGCUGCGCAACGGCGCCGGCGCCGGCAACCUGUUCACGCGGGGCCCCGGCGCGUACAAGAUCCCGGGCUUCCGCGACAUACCGCAGGUGUUCAACAUCAGCCUGCUCAAGGACGUCGAGUGGAAGGACUUGCGCACGAUUCAGCGGAGCAGAGGCGUGGGCGAGCCGCCGCUCUUCAUGGGCAGCGCCGUCUUCUUUGCCAUCCGCGACGCGCUCAAAGCGGCGAGGGCUCAGUACGGAGUCGUGGCCAAGGUCGGUUCAGACGGUGCGGAGGAGGGCAACGAGGACGGACUGUUGCGCUUGGAAAGCCCGGCGACACCGGAAAGGAUCAGGCUUGCCUGCGUAGACCCGAUCAUGGAGCGGGCACGGGUUGUACCCAAGGAGGGGGAGAAGAGCUUCUUCAUCGCUAUUUAA